AAAGUCAAAGCAACGGGAGAGAAACAACAACGUCUUUAAAUGCUAUCGGUUGGUGUAGUUGCAGAAUCCCCAAAGCUACACCCUACACUAAUUGUAAGGACACAGACACUUGAGGCCAGUGCCAGAAGCAUCUUCACAGCGUCUGCGGAGGACACAUGAGCUUCGCUGAGGGGUCUGUUUGGAAGAAGAGAAAAGGAAGGAAAAUGGAUGGUGAAACCCACCAUACCCACCCCCACCACAACCACCACCACCACCACCACCAUCACUCUCACUCUAGUACUUUCACAAUCGACGACAACCCCAAGAAGAAGAAUCUGCAGGCCUCAAGCAAAGGCGAGCGAUGCGCUCUGGUGACGUUUCGGGAGUUGCCGGAUUACAUGAAGGACAACGAGUUCAUACUGAAUUAUUACAGGGCCAAUUGGUCUCUUAAGGAAGCUCUCUUCAGCGUCUUUCGGUGGCAUAAUGAGACAAUUAACGUUUGGACACAUUUGCUUGGAUUUGUUCUAUUCUUGGGGUUGACUCUGGCGAAUUUGAUGCAAGUGCCUCAGUUUGCGGAUUUCUUUACCAAUUUCAGCUGGUCUUUUCCACUGUGCGCAGCUAUAAAUGCUUCUCAUGAUUCAAAAGAUUUCUCUCUGGGCACAUCAAACCUCAUCCAAUUGAAGCAAAUAACACAGCCAGAAACCGAGUUCCUGUCACCAGAAAUGCCCACAACACGGUGGCCGUUCUUCAUCUUCUUGGGUGGCUCCAUGUUCUGUCUCCUCUCAAGCAGCGUUUGCCACCUCUUCUCCUGCCACUCCCGCAGCUUGAACAUCUUGUUGCUGCGAAUGGACUAUGUUGGAAUCGCUGUCAUGAUCAUCACCUCCUUCUUCCCCCCAAUCUACUACAUCUUCCAAUGUGACCCCCACUGGCAAUUCAUUUACCUUGCAGGGAUCACAGCCAUGGGGAUUUUCACCAUCAUAACACUGCUCUCCCCAUCCCUUUCAACUGCCAAAUAUCGAGCUUUUCGAGCCUCACUCUUCGCAACCAUGGGGUUCUUUGGCAUUCUGCCUGCAAUCCAUGCUCUCAUCGUGAAUUGGAAUGAACCCCGGAAAUCUAUAACCCUGGUCUAUGAGUUGGCCAUGGCUCUAUCCUAUGGGAUUGGUACCAUAUUCUAUGUUACUCGAAUUCCGGAGAGGUGGAAGCCCGGCUGCUUCGACAUCGCCGGACAUAGUCAUCAAAUAUUUCAUGUUUUGGUGGUGAUGGGGGCAUUGGCUCACUACGGUGCCACACUCGUAUUUUUGGAGUGGCGCAAUUCAGUUGGGUGUGUGUAAUAUAUCUCAUAAGCAAUAUUAUGUAGUUGUUGGUAUUGUGGCAGAAGAUAUAUUCCUCAAGAAAACAAUAUUCACAAGGGGUUGCUAAGAAUAUCACUAAUCAAAAAUGAAAAAAUUAUUUCAUUUUAUUCA